CAUCUCUCCGCGCCGCUCAGAGCACGUUGAUGUUUUAAUGAAUUAGCUUGUUAGCAGCUAGCAGCUCUUCUUCAUCAUGUCUGUAACGGAGAUGUUCAGCUACAUUCAGGGCUUCCUGAGCGCCGACCAGGACGUCAGAGAGACCCUUCUAGAGAAGGUGUCAAUGAUGCAUCUAAAGUGGGUUAUGUACAUUAUGUUUAGCCUGACAGUGGUCCAGACGUUGGAGCAGACGGCCAGAGCAAUACUAACAGUUCUCAAAGUGUCCACCAGCCAUCUGGAUUUCAAAGAAAUUCCCAGUAAAUGUUGCAAAGGCUCGUGAGUGUUCUGCACAGUCAGGACACAGCUUGGUGAACUCAAGACAAAGUUUCCUGUGGAGCAGUAUUACAGGUUCCAUGCAUGGCGGUUUGUCCUGCAGCGCUCUGGCGUUCCUAUCGACCUUGUCGUCUACCUGGAGACGGAGACUUUGGUGGUUCGGGAGGGGGCCAAGAUACUGGGCAUUGAGGUGGUGCGAGAGAAAGGCUUUCACCUGGAUGUGGAGGACUACCUGGCAGGUGUGCUGAUCAUGGCUAGUGAACUGUCGCGGUUGGCGGUGAACAGCGUCACGGCGGGCGACUACACGCGGCCGCUCCGCAUCUCCAACUUCAUCAACGAGCUGGACUCGGGCUUCCGUCUGCUCAACCUGAAGAACGACCCGCUGAGGAAGCGCUACGACGGCCUCAAGUACGACGUGAAGAAGAUCGAGGAGGUGGUGUACGACCUGUCCAUCCGCGGGCUCGCCAAGGACGCCGAGAAGGCCGGCGACGACAAGUAGAGCUUUCGGAGGAGGCUGCUGCUGCUGCACCUUUAACCCGUCCUCAGAGACGUACCUGAGGCUGCGACCAUCUGUCAGGACGGAGACAGAGACAUUUGACUCCCUCGUUCACGAUCGAAGGUUCAGUUUGAUGCUGUUAUUAUUUUUUUUUUAAAUCUUCAUCUUAUUAAUCUGUUAUUGUUUCACUGAGUCGACUUAUUAGAUGUUUAAUUGAUCGCAGAAGACGGGCGGAGUGUUCCGGCCACGCAGAGCGGAUUCUUUUGUGUUUACUUGCAAAAAAAAAGAAAGAAAAUGUUUGUUGUUGUUCACCAGAUGAGUUUUAUUUCUUCAAUGGUUGAAUCCAAACGGAUCCAGGAGCAUCAUCUAGAAUCCAAAAUACAUUUUACAUCAUUCUUUAACCAGAUGUUCAUAAAGAAGCUCCCAACCUGCAGAAACCUGUUGUCGUUCUAUAAAAGAGGCUCCAGGAGCGGUUCGAGCCAAAGAAAUGACAAAGAUGCACUUCACCUGAUAUAAAGUGACUCUGUGAUUAGUGAGGAACUCUAAAGCUGCGUUCACACAAAAAGAGAAGCAAAUGUUCAACCCGGCGGCAGCGAGCUGUAUUCACAUGCAGCGAGCUGUAAUUCACAUCCAGCGAGCUGUAUUCACAUACGGCGAGCUGUAUUCACACCCAGCGUCAUCACACUGACUGUAUCUAGCAGCCACACGUCUCUACUGCAGUAUGAACCCAAAAUAAACAGAUUGUGCUGUGAUUUAAUAUCAAUAAACGGAUCAAAAUGAUGCCGAAGUAACUACAUAAUGAUGCUGAUUAGUGCCAGGCUAUGCAGCUGCUCCAUCAACACUCAACAUGACGUCAUCUAGGCCGAAAUACUGCAGCGACCUUGACGCAAAUUUUACAUGUUUGCGUCGUCCGGUUUAAGUUCACGUCUAUUCGCCUCUUUGCAUUGACUACUUAUGUAAUCUCGCCGUUGGAAUAGUUUGCUUCUCUCUUGGUGUGAACGCACCGUAACAGAACAGUGCCAAUGAUUAUGUUUGUUGAGACAUUUCAAUAUUUUGGUUGUCGGGUGUUUUUCUUUCUCUGGAGAUCCAUGAUAGUCAGAAUGUCAUGAUGUACAGUAGUGCAUGUGAUGUUUCCUCUUUAGUUUAGUUUCCACUUAACGAAAUGACUGAAGGUUUGUUCCCCCCCCCAUGCUUCUGUUUGCUUCUGUACUGUACUGUAGUGGUAUGGAGUUACUUUAGUGUCUUUAUUAUGCACAACUUUACACACUGUAAUCAAAAAUGUUUUAUAGUAAAGUAAAAUACAUUUGAGAUUAAAAUGUAUUGAUGGGAAUCCAAAAGUUUUGUUGGCGAAUCUCAAAAUUGUCGUUGAAUCUCAAAAUUGUUGUCGCUGAAUCCCCCAAAGUUUGUCGUUGAAUUUGCAAACAAAAGUUUGUGAUUCACAUUAAUACAUUUUUAAUCGCAAAUUUAUUUUCCUUGUAAUAAAACAUGUUUUGAUUACAGUAUAAAGUUUUGCUCUCAGACCUUCUGUUGGAUAAUAAAGACAGUAAAGUAACUCCGUCGUAGCGGAGCUGGGUGUAUUUUCUAUUAAUCUCUCUCCAUCUUUAGUUUUGAGUGAUGAGUGAUAUUUCACUUCUUGUACCGUUAUCAUGUAUUCCUGUUGUCUUAAAGAUGCUGUAAAUAUAUUUCUACAUUCUACA